AUGGGACUGGUGGAAAUUCAUCCUUGGUUUAUGCAUUCCAUUGUGCUUAAAGCUUAUGAUCCAGAUGCUUCUGAGUUUUUGAACCAGAAUACAAUUUCAACACACUCGGCUGGAGAAGUGAGCGUUUGCAUCCAACCUGACAUUCCUCAGAUUUUCAAAUCAGAAAAUGAAGGUGAAAUGAUACAAGUAUUCUAUAACCAGUCUGAUAGAUCCACGAUGGACAAUUGGGAGAAUCCCGAUGAUGUCAUAAACUCUAUAAGGCUAUCAAAAAAAAAAAUAGUAUAA